GGGGAGGGGGAAGGUGGUUGAAGCCGAUUGGUCGACGCCGAGGCGAGCGUUGAAGUGCGUGACGUCGCGCGCCUCCGACGUCGGCCUUGCGUAACCCAAACGGUGCAUUGCAUUGUUGUCGAAGAAGAAGCGUCUCAGAAGGGAGAGCGUUUAACACACAACACACAGAGAGAGAGAGAGAGACACAGAAGACAGUGGCAAUACAGACGGGUCGGGCCGGCGAGUCGGCCAUAUUCCGUUUAACAAUGAGAAGGAAAGGGAGGUACAUUCGAGUGGCAGCAAGGCAUCCAACUUCACCAUGCAAGCUGAAGCACUCACCAAGCAGAGAGAUGCUGACCUAUGCUCAAGCACAACGAAUGGUUGAAAUGGAGAUUGACGGCCGACUACACAGGAUCAGUAUUUAUGACCCUUUAGAAAUAAUUUCGGAAGAUGAUUUGACUGCCCAAGAAAUUGUUGAAUGCAACAGCAACAAGGAAAACAGUGAACGCCCCCCAGUUUUCAUAAAGUCUAAAAGGAUCAAAAAUAAAGUGAAAAAGAAGGAAGCCACUGUUCAAAAUACACAUGGAGCUCCAGUGCAAAUGGCAAACACAUUGCCAGAACCUAGGUUUCGAAUAGUAGAUUAUCAUCCUCCUUCUGCUCCUCGUCGACCCUCAUCUUAUUACAGGCUCAUUGAGAAAUCACCAGAGGAACUUAAUAAUGAAGUGGAAUAUGAUAUGGACGAAGAAGAUUAUGCAUGGUUGGAAAUGAUUAACGAAAAGCGUAAAAGUGAUGGCUUUAGUGCAAUUUCACAGAAUGUGUUUGAGUUCCUCAUGGAUAAAUUAGAGAAGGAAUCGUACUUUGAAAACUAUAAUCAAGGAGAUCCCCAGUCUUUAAUUGACGAAGAUGCUGUUUGUUGUAUAUGCAUGGAUGGAGAAUGUCAAAAUAGCAAUGUAAUCUUGUUUUGUGACAUGUGUAACUUAGCAGUGCAUCAAGAAUGUUAUGGGGUUCCUUAUAUACCUGAAGGACAAUGGUUGUGCCGACGUUGUUUGCAGUCUCCUUCUCGAUCUGUUGAUUGUAUUUUGUGCCCUAAUAAGGGUGGUGCUUUCAAGAAGACAGAUGAUGGUCAGUGGGGACAUGUUGUGUGUGCACUGUGGGUGCCUGAAGUAGGGUUUGCAAACACUGUAUUCAUAGAGCCCAUCGAUGGUGUUAAGAACAUUCCAGCGGCUAGGUGGAAAUUGACGUGCUACCUGUGCAAGCAAAAAGGGUUUGGUGCUUGCAUCCAAUGCCACAAGGCAAAUUGUUAUACAGCAUUCCAUGUAACUUGUGCGCAGCAGGCUGGUUUGUACAUGAAAAUGGAGCCCAUUAAAGAAACUGCACCCAAUGGAGCAAUAACAUUCAAUGUGAAAAAAACUGCUUUCUGUGCUGCACACUCUCCCCCUGGAUGUGUGAGAAGACCACUAAACAUUUAUGAGGCAGUUGAAGUGAAAAAUGGCAUAUGUAGAAAAGACUCGCAUAACAAGGCAUCUAAAACGAAGUGCAAGUCCAGGCAGAAGGCAAAGAAGACUAGGAAACUCUUAGCUGAAAAAUGUACUGCUGUACCUGUAGUAUCUGUCCCAUGUAUUCAGCCUGAUAGAUUAAAUGCAAUCAUCAGUCAAGUGUCAGUACCUCGGAAGAAACAGUUCAUACAGAGGUUGCAUGUUUAUUGGACGUUAAAACGACAAUCAAGAAAUGGCGUGCCUCUGCUCAGACGUUUACAAUCUCAUUUGCAAUCUCAAAGAAAUGUACAACAGAGAGUGGAUGAUGAACAGAACAAUGCCUUGAAAGAGCAGUUAAAAUACUGGCAGAGGCUUCGUCAUGAUCUAGAAAGAGCGCGAUUGUUGGUUGAACUUAUUCGUAAACGUGAAAAGCUAAAACGUGAACAGGUUAAAGUUCACCAGGUUUCUAUGGAGCUCCAGUUGACACCAUUGACGGUUAUGCUGCGAUCAGUUUUGGAGCAGCUUCAAGAAAAGGAUGCAGCACAUAUAUUUGCUCAGCCAGUGAACUUAAAAGAGGUUCCAGACUACUUAGAUCAUAUAAAACACCCUAUGGAUUUCUCCACAAUGAGAAAAAGGCUAGAAGAUCAUGGUUAUAAAAACCUAGAUGAGUUUGAAAUUGAUGUUAAUCUCAUCAUAGAUAAUUGUAUGAAAUACAAUGCAAAAGACACAAUAUUUUACCGAGCUGCUGUGCGAUUGAGGGAUCAGGGAGGUGUUGUACUAAGACAGGCUCGUCGUGAAGUUGAUAAGAUCAGUUAUGACUAUGAAACUGGAAUGCAUCUGGUUGAUCCACCAAAGAAAGAAGUGACUACACCAUUUUCAUGGGAAGAAGUGGAUAGAUUAUUGCUGCCUGCAAAUAGAGAGCAUAUGGCCUUGGAAGUACAGCUCAAGGAGUUACUAGACAAACUGGAUAUGACUUGUGCAGCAAAAUCUUGUGGUGCCAGAUCGAGACGUGCCAAAUUAUUGCGCAAAGAAAUCAACAACAUUCGCUUACGGUUAAGUCAGCAGAACGCUGAAACUGAGCAUAUACGGAAUGAAAACGGUUCAGUUGAAGAUGGGACAAAAGUAGAACAAGAUGGUGAAGAAUACAGAGAUUUGAAGUCUUCAGUGCCACCUAUUCUUGAGCCAUCUGAUUGUUUGCCUCUUCUAGCGUCUUCAGAGACUCCAUCAGAACCACCUACUCUCAAACCAAUAGAACCCAGCACUGACCAGAGCCAGAAUAGACUGCACAAAAGAGUCAAAUUUGACAAUGAAGUCACCAGCACUUCUCUGCAGAAUGUGAUUAUGAAUGGACAUACCAUAGACAACCUGAGUGACAGUGAAAUCAGUUGCUCAACAAACACUUCAGUGGUGGAAUCUUUGGUUGAUGUUGGCAGGCGUACCUCUGUACUUUUCCGAAAAGCCAAAAAUGUGAGCCCUCAGAAGCCAGCAAAAAAUGCAGAGCCUCAACCACAUUCAGGACAGAUGGGGACUAAAACCUUCUUGUCUGUUGUAAUUCCAAGACUAGAGACACUAUUGCAGCCAAGGAAGAGAUCACGUAGCUUGUGUGGUGAUUCUGAAACAGAUGGUGAAAAAGUGCCUCUGAAAAGGCCAGACUUGGCACUUUCUAAUGGCUUUAGUAAUGAGGAGAAGCCUGAAACUGCACAAUCCAAUCCACUUGAUCAUCAGCGUCGCCGAUGUGCUUCAGAAUCUAGUAUAUGCACAAGUAUCAGUGUGGUUUCGAACCAAGCAAGUACUAUAUGCCUUCCAAAAUGUGGCAAAGGGAAACCAGCUCUGGCUCGAAGGAAUCCAUUCGAAGACCGAAAUGAGUUGAUUGCUUGCAUUGAAAAUGGCAACUUUGCUAAAGCAGCUAGAAUUGCAGCAGAGGUUGGCCAAAACAACAUGUGGAUUUCUGCUGAUACCAAUUCUGUCAUGGAACCCUUAAAGCUGAUUUGGGCCAAGUGUAGUGGUUACCCUUCGUAUCCAGCAUUGGUAAUUGACCCAAAGGUGUCUCGAAAUGGCUGUCGACAUAACGGAGUGCUUAUUCCUACACCCCCGCAAGAUGUAUUAAAAAUUGGAGAGAGCAUGCAAAGGAAAUCAGUGGAGAAAUUGUUUCUUGUUCUGUUCUUCGAUAACAAACGAAGCUGGCAGUGGCUUCCAAAAUCCAAAGUGGUUCCACUCGGUAUUGAUGAAACUAUAGACAAAAUAAAAAUGAUGGAAGGUCGAACUUCUUCCAUUCGGAAAUCUGUUCGCAUUGCUUUUGAUCGGGCGAUGCUUCAUCAAUGUAGAGUUCGAGGUGAACAAACGAGUGACUUUAGUGAUAUUGAUUGAAAAUGUAUCAAAUGUGGGAGAUAAACCCAUCUGGUCUCUUAAAAAAAAGGAACAUUUACAGAAACAUCUCUCAGCUCUUAACGAAUGUAUUUUACUUUCCACUGUUGUAUCAAUCACUGUUCCAGUAGUUGUGCUCUGAGAAAUGGUAGCACCUGCUGAUUCACUGCCAGCUGUAAUUAUGUUUUUCGUACAUAAUUUACUUUCUUAUAUACCUGCAAACUUUCCACUAUAAUCUUUUGACCAGAUUAACUUGUUCAUAGUGUUUAUAACUCAUGAGACAAAGCUGUAAAUACUUUAAAUUAUUCUGUUAGUCAAAAUUAGUUAAUAGCUGUUUCUGGUUCUUUCAUUUUUUUAAAAACACAAAUCUGAAUGUUCUGUAACUUAUUAAACAAAAAGGAAGCUGUUGAUGUAACCAAGUACCACAUACCAGAUAAUUUUGGUGCAGAAUAUGCUCAAAGUGUUAAUGCUCAAAAUCAAGAAUUUGAUAACUUUAAAUGGUGUGCAAUAGAGCAGUAAAAUGAACCUGUAAUUCUACCAAAAGAAACAAAUUCAUUUUUUUUCAUGUUUUCUAUUUUUAUACUUUUACAUUUGGGCUGUGCUUCACAAUAUUAAAAGUCAAACGUGUCUAUUCCCAAUUCUGAAUAACUAGAUUUCUCUAUAUUUUUCACCCGGUGCUAGGUUUUAAUUGUUCAUUUUUUCCCUUUUAAUGUCAUUGACAUAGUUGUCAUAUACCAAAAAUGUGUUGCAUAAUCUGUAUUAUGCAGAAAGUAAACAUUUCCAGGGAAGGGAUUGCAUUUUUUAUUAUUGUUGCUCUUAGUGCAUCAUAACAUCGUGAUCAUCUGAUACUCAGUUGGCAGAACAGGGCAGAGUAAUGAAACGGCAAAUACUAUUACUGUUCUGUGAAUGCGUUAGCUCACAUGGAGAAGCUGGGCAACAGUUUUGAUUUUCAUCUUUUCUUCUUCCUUUCCGUGCAGUCUGGCCAAAGUGCAGACAUUGAACCUACUUUCAGUGCAAUAUUAAGUGAACACCUUACCUUCUAUAUUGCUGCUUUGUUUGAUUUCUAUUCAUGGUGCCAGAAAAAGUAACAAAUUGUAGCAUUAACCCUGUCUAGUAUUCAAAGUAGUAUCAUUUUAGAUCAAGCUACAUUGGAAGGGAAUACCUUGUUCAAGUUUGAUUUUGAAUACUUAUGAAAUGCAGUUUCAAGAGAACAUCCCCAAAAGUUGACACUGCCCAGAAUGCCUAAUAUGCUGGAUUGCUUGUGUACUAAGUGGUUUUGUAGCCUAUGUAUACAUUGUAUAUGAAUUUACAGUACUUCAAACUUGUAACUUUUUUACUUUGUUGGGAAGGGUGUUGUAAUAUUCAUUUAUUUUCUGCUGUGAUUACUCUGGGACCUGUACACAAUUUUUUUAAGACAAUUUGUGCCUGCGUUUGUUUUUUAAUUUAUUGUAGAAAGUGUACAGAUUUGCUUUGUAGUAAUUUUUAUAAGCCGCUGAACUGAUUUGAAAAUGAAAUUUGUAAAAGUGUUAUACUAUAGAACAAACUUGAUUAACCACAGGCACAUUGGUUUAAAACUACUUUGGGAAGUAAUAAAUGUGAUGCAAGCUGUUCUUUUGCAUAUUC